CUACGCUUGCCUCCUCCAUCCUCUGCCGUCACACAGAGAGAGAGAGAGAGCGAGAGAGAGAGAGAGAGAGAUGGCAAUGAGAGCUGCGAUUCUCCGCCACAUCCGCCUCCCCGCGCGAGCCCAAACCCUAGCCGGCCCGAGAUCGCGGGAAUGGAGUCUCCUCGGAAGCUCCGCGUCCCGGUCCAUGUCGUCGCACGGCGACGACCAUCUCACCAAGGAGGAGGUCGCCGAGAGAGUCCUCGCCGUCGUCAAGAGCUUCCCCAAAGUCGAUCCCGCCACGGUGUCUCCUGAUGUUCAUUUCCAGAAUGAUUUGGGUCUGGAUAGCUUGGACAACGUAGAGAUUGUAAUGGCACUGGAAGAAGAGUUUAAGCUCGAAAUCCCAGAUUUGGAAGCUGAUAAAAUUGACUCCUGUCGUCUUGCUAUUGAGUACAUCUACAAUCAUCCUAUGGCUGGUUAAUUCGAGCUGAUGCAUCUUUUGGCUAUCCUGUAUCGUGUAGACAAUGAGCUGCUCAGCUUCCUCUUUGCUUGCUUUGUUUUGAAGGUGAAGGACUGGAUGGAAAAUAAUCUCAACUUUUGUGAUAAAAGAUUAGCCACCUAGGAACUAAAAUCCUCUUUUUGCCUUUGUGCAAACUAUCAAUCUUUCACAGGAAAUUGAUGAUGAUGAAUAACUUAAUCAUUUGUCUGCACUUGCAAUUUUA